GGAGGGCAGACCCAGUGUAGGAGGAGGGAGCUCCAAGGUCAAUACUGGAUGGGAAGGGCUGCCGACUGCAGCUGAGGGGAGCAACCCGACCGAGAUCUCAAGCUCCGCGGCCGGCGGAUACGCGGGACGCAGCGGCCCGCGGGAGGUCAGGAUGGUGGGGGAACGGCGCGCUGGGGACCUCAUGGUGCCCUUGGGGCCCCGGCUGCAGGCAUAUCCUGAAGAACUUCUUCGACAGCGGCCUGGGCAUGAUGGGCGUCCUGAGUACCUGAUCCGAUGGAGUGUCCUGAAGUGUGGGGAAGUGGGCAGAGUGGGUGUGGAAGAGGGCAAGGCAGAGCACAUCCUCAUGUGGCUGUCAGCCCCCGAGGUCUACGCCAACUGCCCCAUGCUGUUAGGUGAGCGGGCAUUAUCUACGGGACCUCAGCACGAAACAGCUGGGGGUUCAGGAAGCUUUCCCCGAGAUCCAGGAGGCCUGGAUGACGUGGCACUGGGAGAGAUGGAGGCUGAUGUGCGGGCGCUGGUGCGCAGGGCUGCCAGGCAGCUGGCAGAAGGUGGGACCUCGAGCCUCACGGCCGCUGUGCUCCACACCAUCCAUGUGCUCAGCGCCUACGCCAGCAUCGGGCCUCUCACCCGGGUCUUCCGGGAGACGGGUGCCCUGGACCUGCUCAUGCACAUGUUGUGCAACCCCGAGCCUCAGAUCCGGCGGAGUGCAGGCAAGAUGCUGCAGGCUCUGGCAGCCCAUGAUGCUGGGAGUCGGGCCCAUGUCCUCCUGUCACUGAGCCAGCAGGACGGCAUCGAGCAGCACAUGGACUUUGAUAGCCGCUACACUUUGCUGGAGCUUUUCGCAGAGACCACGUCUUCUGAGGAACACUGCAUGGCCUUUGAGGGCAUUCAUCUGCCUCAGAUCCCAGGAAAGCUGCUCUUCUCCCUGGUGAAACGCUACCUGUGUGUCACUUCCCUGCUGGAUCAGCUGAAUAACAGUCCAGAGCCAGGGGCUGGAGACCGAGGCUCCCCAUCCUCAAGGGAGGAUUUUGGCCGGGAGAAAAGCCGAGGGCAGCGGGAGCUGGAGUUCAGUAUGGCCAUGGGCAGCCUCAUCUCAGAGCUGGUGCGGAGCAUGGGCUGGGCCCGGAACCUUGGCGAACAGGGCACAUCGCCACCCCGGCCGUCCCGAUCCAUCUUUCAGCCUGGCAUUUCUGGCCCCAGCCUCUUACUUCCCUCCAUCGUCGCCAUCCCCAGGAGGCAAGGGCGGGCCUUCCGCCAGCGCGCCGAGUUCUCUAGCCGCAGUGGCUAUGGUGAGUAUGUGCAGCAGAACCUGCAGCCGGGGAUGCACGUGCGGAUGCUGGAUGACUACGAGGAGAUCAGCGCCGGGGACGAGGGCGAGUUCCGGCAGAGCAACAACGGUGUACCCCCAGUGCAGGUCUUCUGGCAGUCAACGGGCCGGACCUACUGGGUGCACUGGUACAUGCUGGAGAUCCUGGGCCCUGAGGAAGCUGCUGAGGAGACGGCUUCAGCAGCUGCAGAGAAGGGGGCAGGGGCUGCUCUGUUGGGCACAGCACUUCCCCCCUGGGACUGGAAGCCAGUGGACGGGCUCUACUCUUUGCCGUACCUCCAGCCCGAGCCUCAGAAGAAUGAGGGAUUAGGAUACCUGACCCAGGCGGAGUGGUGGGAGCUGCUCUUCUUCAUCAAGAAAUUGGACAUAUGUGAGCAGCAGCCAAUUUUCCAGAAUCUUCGGGAGAACCUAGAUGAGACCCCGGGCGAGCAGGCCCUCGGCGAGAUCUCCGUGCCCGCAGCGGUGGCCGAAGAUCUGCUGCAGGUUCUCAGGAAUCGGUUUGAGGGCAGUGUCCUCAGUGACCUGCUCAGCUCGCAAAUCUACGCCAAGUACGGGCGGCCACCCCGUGCCCCGAGCAGCUCGUCGUCGUCGUCUUCUUCCCCAAGUCGCUCCUGCACGCCAGAUCCGGAAGAGGAGUGCAAGUCAGAGGCCACCUUCUCAGAGGAAGAGACUGAGUCCCCCAAAGCCAAGGCUGAGCCCCUCAAGGCAGAGGCUGAGGCCGGCAAGGGAAAAACCGAGCCCCCCAUGGCACAGAGUGAUUCCCAGCUGUUUAACCAGCUUCUGGUGACUGAGGGGAUGGCUCUGCCCCCCGAGAUGAAGGAGGCAGCCAAUGAGAUGGCUAGAGCCUUGCGGGGUCCCGGGCCACGAAGCUCCCUGGAUCAGCACGUGGCUGCAGUCGUGGCCACUGUGCAGAUAUCCAGCUUGGACACACAUCUGCAGCUUUCAGGGCUCUAUGCCCUCUCACAGGCCGUGGAGGAGGUCACCGAGCGGGACCACCCUCUGGUCCGACCCGACCGAUCCCUGAGAGAGAAGCUAGUGAAGACGCUGGUGGAGCUGCUAACCAAUGAGGUGGGAGAGAAGAUGGUGGUGGUGCUGGCCCUGCGCCUUCUUUACCUGCUCAUGACCAAACACGAGUGGCGCCCACUCUUUGCCAGGGAGGGUGGCAUCUAUGCUGUGCUCGUUUGCAUGCAAGAAUACAAGACCUCCGUCUUGGUGCAGCAAGCAGGGCUGGCGGCCCUGAAGAUGCUGGCCAUUGCCAGCUCCUCGGAGAUCCCCACUUUCGUUACCGGCCGAGAUUCUAUCCACCCUUUGUUUGACGCCCAGAUGACCAGGGAGAUCUUCGCCAGCAUCGACUCAGCCACCCGCCCCGGCUCUGAGAGCCUGCUCCUCACUGUCCCUGCAGCAGUGAUCCUGAUGCUGAACACAGAGGGGUGCUCCUCGGCGGUGAGAAACGGCCUGCUCCUGCUCAACCUGCUUUUGUGCAACCACUACACGCUGGGAGACCAGAUCAUAACCCGCGAGCUCAGAGACACCUUGUUUAGGCACUCGGGAAUAGCGCCGGGGACAGAACCCAUGCCCACCACGCGCACCAUCCUCAUGAUGCUUCUCAAUCGCUACUCGGAGCCGCCGGGCAGCCCCGAGCACGCAGCCUCACUGGAGUCCCCCGGUGCCCGGGGCCAGGAUGGGUCUCCUGAGCUGCUGAUCCGGUCCCUGGUGGGGGGCCCAUCUGCAGAGCUCCUCCUGGACUUGGAGCGCGUGCUGUGCCGCGAGGGUGGCCCCGGGGGUGCCGUGAGGCCCCUUCUCAAGCGCCUCCAGCAGGAGAACCAGCCCUUCCUCCUGUUUCUGCGGACUCUGGACGCUCCUGGGCCCAACAAAACUCUGCUGCUGACGGCGCUGAGGGUCAUGACCCGGCUGCUGGAUCACCCGGAGGCAGUGGUCCUCCCCUGGCACGAGGUCUUGGAGCCCUGCCUCAACUGUCUGAGUGGCCCUAGCAGUGACAAUGAGAUCGUUCAGGAGCUGCUCUGCUUCCUGUACCGCCUGGCCUCGAUGCACAAGGACUACGCCGUGGUGCUCUGCUGCCUGGGAGCCAAAGAGGCCCUCGCCAAAGUCCUGGACAAGCACUCGGCUGAGCUGCUGCUGGCCUGCGAGCUCCGGGACCUGGUGACAGAGUGUGAGAAACAUGCCCAGUUGUACAGCAACCUCACCUCCAGCAUCCUGGCUGGCUGCAUUCAGAUGGUGCUGGGCCAGAUUGAAGACCACAGACGCACCCACCGCCCCAUCAACAUCCCCUUCUUUGACGUGUUCCUCAGGCACCUCUGCCAAGGCUCCAGUGUGGAGGUGAAGGAGGACAAGUGCUGGGAGAAGGUGGAGGUGUCCUCCAACCCGCACCGGGCAGGCAAGCUGACCGACCGCAACCCCAAGACCUACUGGGAAUCCAACGGCAGCACCGGCUCCCACCACAUCACCUUGCACAUGCACCGCGGUGUUCUUGUUAGGCAGCUGACUCUGCUGGUGGCCAGUGAAGACUCAAGUUACAUGCCAGCCAGGGUGGUGGUGUUUGGGGGUGACAGCGCCAGCUGCAUCAGCACGGAGCUCAAUACGGUCAACGUGAUGCCCUCUGCCAGCCGGGUGGUCCUCCUGGAGAACCUGAACCGCUUCUGGCCCGUCAUCCAGAUCCGCAUAAAGCGCUGCCAACAGGGUGGCAUCGACACCCGGGUUCGGGGCGUGGAGGUCCUGGGCCCCAAGCCCACUUUCUGGCCGCUAUUCCGAGAGCAGCUGUGUCGCCGGACGUGUCUCUUCUACACAAUUCGGGCGCAAGCCUGGAGCCGGGACAUUGCAGAGGACCGCAGGCGUCUCCUCCAGCUCUGUCCCAGACUGAACAGGGUUUUGCGGCAUGAGCAGAACUUUGCCGAUCGCUUCCUCCCUGACGAUGAGGCCGCCCAAGCCCUGGGCAAGAGCUGCUGGGAGGCCCUGGUCAGCCCCCUGGUGCAGAACGUCACCUCCCCUGAUGCGGAAGGUGUGAGCUCCCUGGGGUGGCUGCUGGAUCAGUACUUAGAACAGAGGGAGAGCUCGAGGAACCCCCUGAGUCGAGCAGCAUCCUUUGCCUCUCGCGUCCGUCGCCUUUGCCACUUGCUAGUGCACGUGGAGCCUCCGCCUGGGCCUUCUCCCGAGCCGUCCACUCGGCCCCUCAGCAGGAACAGUAAGGGUCGGGACCGGAGCCCCGGGCCUUCACCAGUUCUUCCGAGCAGCAGCCUGAGGAACAUCACCCAGUGCUGGCUGAGUGUGGUGCAGGAGCAGGUCAGCAGGUUCCUGGCUGCAGCCUGGAGGGCCCCUGACUUCGUGCCCCGAUACUGUGACCUCUACGAGCGCUUGCAGAGAGCGGGCUCGGAGCUCUUCGGGCCCCGGGCGGCCUUCACCCUGGCCCUGCGCAGCGGCUUCUCUGGCGCCUUGCUGCAGCAGUCCUUCCUCACGGCUGCUCACAUGAGCGAGCAGUUUGCCAGGCACAUCGACCAGCAGAUCCAGGGUGGGCUGAUCGGCGGAGCCCCUGGAGUGGAAAUGCUGGGGCGGCUUCAGCGGCACCUGGAGCCCAUCAUGGUCCUCUCUGGCCUGGAGCUGGCCACGACCUUUGAGCAUUUCUACCAGCACUACAUGGCGGACCGUCUCCUGAGCCUGGGCUCGAGCUGGCUGGAGGGGGCCGUGUUGGAGCAGAUUGGCCUCUGUUUCCCCAACCGCCUCCCCCAGCAGAUGCUGCAGAGCCUGAGCACCUCGGAGGAGCUGCAGCGCCAGUUCCACCUCUUCCAGCUUCAGCAGCUGGACAAGCUGCUCUUGGAGCAGGAGGAUGAGGGGGAACAGGGCCUGGAAGAGGAGGAGGACCAAGAGGAGGAAAAGGAGGCUGAGAAAGAACUAUUUAUCGAAGAUCCGAGUCCAACAGUUUCUAUACUGGUCCUGUCACCACGCUGCUGGCCGGUCUCCCCACUCUGCUACCUGUACCAUCCCAGAAAGUGCCUUCCCACAGAAUUCUGUGAUGCCCUUGACCGCUUCUCCAAUUUCUACAGCCAGAGUCAGAACCAUCCCGUCCUGGAUGUGGGGCCACAUCGGCGACUGCAGUGGACGUGGCUGGGCCGGGCUGAGCUGCAGUUUGGGGACCAGACGCUGCAUGUGUCCACUGUACAGAUGUGGCUGCUAUUGAAUUUCAAUCAGACAGAGGAGGUGUCGGUAGAGGCCUUGCUGAAGAAGUCUGACCUCAGCCCGGAGCUGCUGCUCCAGGCACUUCUGCCCCUCACCACGGACAGCGGCCCUUUGACCCUGCAGGGGGCUCAGGACUUUCCGCACGGGGGUGUGCUGCGGCUCCGUGAGCCUGGGCUCCAGGCCCAGGGGGAGCCCCUGUGGCUGCUCCCAGCCCAGAUGUACCUGAAUGUGGAGAAGGAUGAGGGCCGGACCCUGGAGCAGAAGAGGAACCUCCUGAGCUGUCUUCUUGUCCGUAUCCUCAAAGCCCACGGGGAAAAGGGCCUCCACAUUGACCAGCUGGUUUGCCUGGUGCUGGAGGCCUGGCGCAAGGGUCCCAAUCCCCCUGGCAGCCUGGGCCGCGCUGUGGCCGGCGGCGUGGCCUGCAGCAGCUCGGAUGUUCUCUCCUGCAUCCUGCACCUCCUGGGCCAGGGCUACGUGGAGCGGCGGGAUGACCGGCCCCAGGUCCUGAUGUAUGUCGCUCCAGAGCCUGCGGGGCCCUGCCGGGGUCAGGCAGAGGUCCCCUUCUCUGGCAGCCAGACCUGCGUUGAGAGCUCCAAGCCUAGCCCGGAAGCUGUGGCUGCCUUGGCAUCCCUACAGCUGCCUGCAGGCCGCACCAUGAGCCCCCAGGAGGUGGAAGGGCUGAUGGAGCAGACCGUGCGGCAGGUGCAGGAGACGCUGAACCUGGACCCCGAUGAGGCUCAGCACCUUCUGGCUCAUUCCCACUGGGGUGCCGAACAGCUGCUGCAGAACUACAGCGACAACCCGGAGCCGCUGCUGCUGGCGGCUGGGCUAUGCGUCCCCCAGGCCCAGCCCGCCCCCGCACGCCCUGACCACUGCCCUGUCUGCGUCAGCCCCCUGGAGCCUGAGGACGACUUGCCGGCCCUCUGCUGCAGGCACUACUGCUGUAAGUCUUGCUGGAACGAGUACCUGACAACUCGAAUCGAGCAGAACCUCGUGCUACACUGCACCUGCCCCAUCGCUGACUGCCCUGCCCAGCCCACGGGAGCCUUCAUCCGUUCCAUCGUCUCCUCGCCUGAAGUCAUCUCCAAGUACGAGAAAGCCCUCCUGCGUGGCUACGUGGAGAGCUGCUCCAAUCUGACGUGGUGCACCAACCCCCAGGGCUGCGAUCGCAUCCUGUGCCGCCAGGGCCUGGGCUGUGGAACCACUUGCUCCAAGUGUGGCUGGGCCUCCUGCUUCAACUGCAGCUUCCCUGAGGCCCACUACCCUGCCAGCUGUGGCCACAUGUCUCAGUGGGUGGAUGACGGCGGCUACUACGAUGGCAUGAGUGUAGAGGCCCAGAGCAAGCAUCUGGCCAAGCUCAUCUCCAAGCGCUGUCCCAGCUGCCAGGCUCCCAUUGAGAAGAACGAGGGGUGUCUGCACAUGACUUGUGCCAAAUGCAACCAUGGAUUCUGCUGGCGCUGCCUCAAGUCCUGGAAGCCAAAUCACAAAGACUAUUACAACUGCUCCGCCAUGGUAAGCAAAGCAGCUCGCCAGGAGAAGCGGUUCCAGGACUAUAAUGAGAGGUGUACUUUCCAUCACCAGGCCCGGGAGUUUGCUGUGAACUUGCGGAACCGCGUGUCUGCCAUCCACGAGGUGCCCCCACCCAAAUGCUUCACCUUCCUCAGCGACGCCUGCCGGGGUCUGGAGCAGGCUCGAAAGGUGCUGGCCUACGCCUGCGUAUACAGCUUCUACAACCAGGACACGGAGCAUGUGGACGUGGUGGAGCAGCAGACGGAGACCCUGGAGCUGCACACCAACGCCCUGCAGAUCCUCCUUGGUGAGGCCCUCUCCCCCAGCACCCCUGGACCUGAACAUGAAGAGGAGACGCUGCUGCGCUGCAGGGACCUGGCCUCAUCGCUGCGCCUGCUGCGGGCUGAGCACCUCAACACGGGCCUGGAGCUGCUGCGGCGGAUCCAGGAGAGGAUGCUCGCCAUCCUGCAGCACUCCACCCAGGACUUCAGGGUUGGUCUCCAGAGUCCAUCGCUAGAGGCCCGGGAGGCAAAAGGAUCCAACGUGCCCGGCAGUCAGCCACAGGGCUCCUUGGGGCUGGAGGGGGAUGAGGAAGAGGAAGACGACGAGGAGGAUGACGUGCCCGAGUGGCAGCAGGAUGAGUUUGAGGAGGAGCUGGACAAUGACAGCUUCUCCUAUGAUGAGGAGUCUGAAAACCUGGACCGAGAGACUUUCUUCUUCGGUGACGAGGAGGAAGAUGAUGAGGCCUACGACUGAGGGGCAGGGGGCAGGAAGGAUGCAGGGCGUGCAGAGCUGCUCAGAGCCCCAGCGCCCUUUCCCCAUCUACGGGGGGCCUUCUGUUGACUCAUUAAACUUUUUUCAUAUA